AUGGCGCGCAAAAUGAGAGUUGGAGUUGAUGUCGGAGGUACGAAUACUGACGCCGUGGUUCUCGACCCGAAACGCCAUGCCGAACAGAACCGUGGCGUGCUCGCUACUCACAAAACUCCCACCACCCCCGACACCACUUCAGGCGUCGAGUCAGCCAUCCGUGCAGUUUUGGAAAUCUCUGGUGUCCCACCUGAUCAAAUCGCUUCCAUUACCAUUGGAACCACAGCUUUUCUCAAUGCCGUGAUCCAAAGGGAGAGUCGCCAUCUGAGCCGCGUCGCGGUUUUGCGCCUAUCUAGGAGCUUCUUGCGUGACGUUAAGCCGUUCUCGGAAUGGCCUAGGGACCUAGCUGCGAUUAUCGAGAGCUACGUGGGUUACGUGGGUGGAGGUUUGAAUAUCGACGGCACGGAAGAGGCCUCUAUCGAUGUAAACGAGGUUGUGCGGGCAUGCUCUGAUAUUCGUACCCGAAAAGCAAGAGCAGUGGUUGUGGCAGGAGUUUAUUCACCUAUCGACACUCAGUUCCGACAAGAGGAAAAAGUCAAAGAGAUCAUCCUCCGUGAAAUUCCGGGCAUUGAUGUGGUCUGCUCACAUGAGGUUGCAAACAUCGGGUUUCUUGAGCGAGAGAAUGCAGCAAUCCUUAACGCGGCCAUUUUACGAUAUGCUAGAAGAACUGUUCGAAGUUUUGAAUCGGCCAUGGGCCGGUUGGGCAUGUCAAGGUGUCCCCUAUACCUGACACAGAAUGAUGGAACUCUGCUUGACGCAGCAGGAGCCGCGCGAACUCCUAUACGCACGUUUUCUUCCGGAGUCACCAAUUCCAUGCGAGGAGCUGCACAUUUAUCCGGUCAUACUCUUACUGGAAGCAGCCGGAUCUCAGCAAUUGUCGUCGAUAUUGGUGGUACGACGACCGAUGUGGGCGUCUUGCUGCCAUCUGGCCUUCCCAGGCAGGCAUCGGCAUACUCUUCCGUUGCUGAAGUGAAGGUCAAUUACUCUUUACCACACCUAUUUUCAAUUGGCUUGGGAGGAGGCUCUAUCGUCAGCGCAUCAUCUGGUGACAGCGUUCGAGUCGGACCGAAAUCUGUCGGCAAAGAUAUCCUGACAAAAGCUCUGGUAUUUGGUGGUGACAUUACUACGGCGACUGACAUUGUAGUUGCCGCUGGCAAUGCAAGAGUAGGAUCACAAAACCUUGUAUCGCAUCUCGAUCUCAAUCUCGUCACCCAGGCGCGACUUCGAAUAAGGAGGCUUCUCGAGGAAGCAGUAGACACGGUCAAGACUUCUCCAGCUCCGCUCCCAGUGUUCCUUGUUGGAGGGGGAUCGAUACUAGCACCCACUGACUUGGCAGGAGCCUCAAGUGUAACGAUACCUCCUUAUCACGAUGUGGCCAACGCGGUCGGUGCCGCAUGCUCCAAAGUUGGUGCGCAGAUCGACGAAAUUCGAGAUACGUCGAGACAAACUCACGAUCAAAUAGUGACGGAAGCAAAAAAUCGGGCGAUCCGCAAAGCUGUAUCAUUGGGUGCGAUCGAAGACAGUGUAUACAUCGCCGAAAUUGAGGUAAUGCCGAUACCAUACUUGAGCAACCAGAGCCGUGUCGUCAUCAAGGCAAUUGGUGAAGUUGAUCUUGAGACCAACCACCCUCGGCCAGAAUUGCAGGACGAUGGCGAUAACAGUAUUGGCGAGGCUGCAGAGUUGCAACCACCAAGUGAAGUAGCCAGUGUGGCAGAACUCAAACGCAUCGAUCACGAUAGCUACCGACCCACCAUAAUUCGCAACACUAUCACCGGCGUCCUUGAAUGGCAUCUUACCUCAGUGGACCUGGAUUACAUCGCGGAUGGAUGUUACCUGCUUGGUUGCGGCGGCGGUGGUCCUCCUUACGCUGGCAAAAUCCAACUACAAGCCAUGCUCUCAUUAGGACAUACAAUCCGCGUAAUCGAUUCAUGUUCCCUUUCCAAAACGUCAACAGUCUAUUGGGGAGGCCGUAUGGGAUCGCCCGCAGCAAUAUCAGAGCGUCUGCAAGCCCACGAGACUGUCCUAGCAAUCAGAGAACUCAUGUCGUACCUACACCAGGAUGCUUUUGAUGCUGUCAUGGGACUCGAGAUCGGCGGAUCCAACGGCCUAGAGCCUUGUCUCUGGGGAUCCUCGCGCUUCUUUGAUCGGCCUGUUGUGGACGCAGACUUGAUGGGUCGUGCCAAUCCAAUGUGCUGGCAGAUCACAUUGACCGUGCAUCGACCAGGCGAAUUUGUGCCAUGCGCGAUUGACUCUGGCACCGGCCGCACUAUGCUGAUGACGCGAGCGCCGCGUGACGAAGACGUUGACAAGCCGCUGCGCGGUGCAAUCACGGAGCUUGGCUCGCUGGUAGGACUAGCAGGACGGCCGACGACAGGCGAGAUUGUCCAAAAAUACGCUGUCCUCAACACUGUUUCAUUAGCAUGGCGAAUCGGGAGAGCCAUGGCGCGUGCUGACUCAAGCAACACGAUCUCUCUUGUCGCAGAGAGGAUUGUCGAAGAAGUCGGAGGUCCAAGAAGCGCCAAAAUCCUGUAUCGUGGCAAAAUCACCUCGAUUGAACGCACAUUGCACAAAGGUCUUUCUGUAGGGGUGUUACACAUCACUGGUGGGGGGCUUAUAGAAGCUGAAACUGGGUACACCUCGCAAGGCUACACCGACGGAACGCUGCGCAUUCCUUUCAUCAAUGAGAACAUCUAUGCCGAACAUGCCGGCGCAGAUGGAAGCACAGAGGUUCUUGCCAGUGUGCCUGAUUUGAUCACUGUAAUCGACAAGCAGAGUGGACGCGCUGUCGGUGUUCCUGAGUAUCGGUACGGGUGUCAUGUCAUUGUUCUGGCCAUUGCUUGCUCUCCGCGAUGGACUGAGACACCUCGAGGUCUUGAGGUUGGUGGACCAAAGUCUUAUGGGUAUGACAAUAUACAGUACCACCCCGUUGGUGAGUAUAGCCAGCCGAAGAGCGUCAUUGAAGAAUACGGCUCGCUGGAUUGUGCUUGA